CUUUGAUAGCUGUUCUUCAUGCCUUCUCUCAGCUCCUCUUCAUACAGCUCUAUCGUAUCCCCGUCCGUUAAUGUCCGACACCUGUAUUGUGUGCUUAGGAGACCUUGGCGAAAGCGCCAGCGAUCCUCUUGCCGCCUCGGUGCCAAGACCUGACCUUGAACCGGACGGCAAGGCACCUGAUAUCUCUACCAAGGCAGAAGGCUCCGAUGGAAGUGAGGAUAGCUUUAUCGCACAGUUACUCCCCUGCGGCCAUAUUUUACACAACAACUGCUUGAAACCCUGGGUCGAACGAGCCAACAGCUGCCCGAUAUGCCGCCGUACCUUCAAUGAAGUGGAGCUGAGUGACCGGGUCGGAGGCCCAGUGAUAUCCUCCUACGCCGUUGAAGACCGUGUUCAAGUGGCGGAUGUCGAUCCGUCCAUGGUCGUCGAAUAUAUAGAUGAUGAUGUCUCCGAUUUCCAGCCCUGCCCUAUCUGCGGCGACUCUGAAAACGAGGAAGUGCUUCUUCUUUGUGACGGCUGCGAUGUACCGACACAUAUAUAUUGUGUGGGACUUGAUGAGGUACCAGCGGGUCCCUGGUACUGUUCCCGAUGUGAGACCCAACGUCCCAUCGGACUAUCUUCUGAUGCAGUUGAUAGACUGUCCCAUGCACAAACUCGGCGGCGCCACCGUACCAGGGCCCAGCAACGGAGGGUGCUGAGUAGAAACCAAAUCAACUCCCUGCACUGGGCACGUGUUUGGCAAUCAGUUUGGGACAAUCUUAACAUAGACUUGGAUUUCCCCUUCGAUGAUGAUCGAGCUGUCGAGCGCGCGUUGCAGCAACAACGCCGCGAGGAAGCUAACCAGAGAGAGUUCCGCACCUGGCAGCGCCGUUUUGACGUCGCCGAGCGGCAGGGUGGAAGAAAUCGCUUCAGAGACACUGCUGCUCUGCUUGACAUUGAGGCACCUCGACCAUCACGACCGCGAGCGCCGAGGGCGCCGACACCUGAACCUGAGUCGCUAGAGGAGAUGAGGGCGUGGAACGCCUUUGAACGUGCCCGUGAGAUCGAGAACAACCCGAGCGCUGCACGAAAACGUAAAGAGCCAACAAUGUCCCCUUCUCCGGAGCCUGCUGAACCCGCACGCAAGCUGAAACGACCCCGCACCCGUAGAGCCGAAGAUCUCGCGGCAUUGGCGGUGCAGAAUGGCGAGUCAUCCAGGAGUGCUACUGCCCAGGCAUCUGCUCGUCUUAAUGCCGACAACUCUAGCGAGCCGAGCUUCCUCUCAUCAUUAUUGAAGGAGGUCGAAGAUGCGUCAACGCCUCAAAGUGUUAACUCGUACGGCCCUUCAGCUCACGUCUCCGCCGAGCAAAGUACUCUGGGUCUUUCGUCGCCUUCCAUCUCACCUGUUCCUUCUAAUCAAUCAUCCCCGCGGCUAUCUUCUACCACCCCGCCUCCGCACUCCGGAAGCCGGCCAAUAUCACCAAUGCAGCUUACCCCACCGCGCGAAGUGUCGUCUCCCACAUUCUCUCCGGAAGUAUCACCAGCUAGUUCUCACAAGGAUGUUAGAGAAGAAACGCCCUCGCGCUCUCGCCCUCGCCGAAUACCUCGAGCGGCGCAUAUAGUUAGGGCAGUAAGGUCGAACGAGAGCUCACCAGCUCGCAUUGGUUUAUCCCUAGAGGUAAAAUCUGACAUUCAAAAACUCGUCAGCGCGGCUCUCAAACCGCACUACCGGUCGAAGGUUGUCUCCAAGGAGGAGUACACCGACAUCAAUCGAAAUAUCUCUCGGAAAUUGUAUGAACAUGCUCUGGGAUUAGACUCAUUAGAGUCAACCACAAAGGCUCGCUUGGAAGCCAAAGCUAAAGAAGAGGUGCAUAACGCGGUCGAAGCUCUCCGGCAGAGCAAGGCCAGGGCAAACGGUUCUGAUGAUAGCUCAUGA